AAGACACUUACCUCAACAAGAACUGGUAUUGUUUCUAAGAAAAGUCAGUUGUUCAGUCUCAGUCUACAGCGCUACAGCAAAGCUGUUAAUCAUCUUAGUAACAUAUCAUUUACGCCAUUUAUACUGCACUUACUAUAGUACACUUGUUAUAUUAUUCAUCACUCACAAAAUGUCUUGGAAUGGGUUCAAGAAAGCAAUUAACAGAGCAGGUGCUCAGGUUAUGAUUAAAACUGGUCAUGUCGAAAAAACUGUCGAUAGAGAGUUUGAUUUGGAAGAGAAAAGAUUCAGAUCUAUGGAAGAUUCCUCGUUGAAAUUACAAAAGGAAGCCAAACAAUAUUUUGAAUCUUUGAAAUCAAUAAUGAAUUCUCAAACUUUAAUAACUGAAACUUUUGAUUCCUUUUACGCUACAAAUAAUGAUUCCUACCCUCUAAUUUCAAAAAAAUCAAAUUCCGUUGAUAACGACGAGGGUAUUGUCAAAAAUUACUUGAAAAUAAUUAAAGAAUUAAACGACGAAACCUUUAAAUCUCUUAAUACUCCCUACAAAGAAACAGUUCUAGAUCCAAUAAAUAAAUUCUGCUUUUAUUUUAAUGAUAUAAAUGAGGCUAUUAAAAAAAGAAAUCACAAAAAAAUCGAUUAUGAUUCAAUUAGAUCUAAAGUCAAAAAAUUAUCUGAAAAACCUUCUGAUGAUUUGAAUAAAAUUCCAAAAUUAGAAAAGGAAUUAAAUUAUUCAAAGGAUUUAUAUGAAAGCUUAAAUAGUGAAUUAAAAUUAGAAUUACCACAAUUAAUAUCCUUAAGAGUACCUUAUCUCGAUCCAAGUUUUGAAAGUUUAGUCAAAAUUCAAUUAAGAUUUUUUACUGAUUCAUAUACAAGAUUAUCCCAAGUUCAAAACUCCUUUGACGCUGAAAGUAGAGAUGCCUAUGCAAAUGAACAAUUGGAUCAAAAAGUCGAUGAUGUUUUGCAAAGAAUGAGAGAACUUAGUAUAACUGCUUCAUCUGAUUAAUUAUCAUUUAUCAUUUAUUGUUUAUCACUAGCACAUUAUCAUUAUACUCUUAUACUCUAUUUCACUUUUUUCCUUUUUAGUUUUUUACAAUUAUUUCUUCUUAAAUAACUAUAAAUAUGGUGUCUUUUGCUGCUUUUAUUUUUAUUUUUAUUUUUGUUUUUACUCAAACUUAUAUCAUAAUUCAAGUUAUUUUCAAUAUAUAUAUUAUGAAAAUUCAGGG